AUGUCGUGGAAGUCAGACGGUCCACCGUCCAGUCAUGGUUCAUAUUCUCCGUCAUCCGGACAAUAUAGCUCAGGUUCUAACGGUCGGAACAGUGCUGCUCGUAUUUUUCAACCGUUGCAUGCUGUACUUCCUACAUUUUUACAAGUAAAGUCAAAAUUUGAUUCGGAAUGGCGACGCUUUUCAGUACAGUUUCAAGAUAACAAAUCUCCCUCUUAUGAAGAAUUUCGUACACUGAUUGAAGGUCUUCAUUCUUUGCACAGUAUACCUUUCACGGUGUGUUAUACAAGCCAUUCUGGAGAUCUCUUGCCGAUUACUAAUGAUGAUAAUUUCCGAAAAUCUUUUGAAUCAGCCCGUCCAAUAUUACGGCUGUUAAUACAACGAAAGGGGGAAUCCUGGGAAGAAAAAUAUGGCUACGGUACAGACACAAUUGAUCGUCGACGCAAAGGCUUGUCACUGUUGAUACCAACAGUUUCCAGGACACCUAAAAGGACAUACAAUAUUUCAAACCCGGAAGAUUUCCGGCAGGUAUCUGCAAUAAUAGAUGUGGACAUUGUUCCAGAAGCUCAUCGUCGAGUACGACUUUGUAAACAUGGCAGUGAUCGUCCCUUGGGAUUUUAUAUUAGAGAUGGAACAUCAGUAAGAGUAACCCCGCAAGGUGUGAUGAAAAUACAGGGCAUCUUUAUCAGUCGUCUCGUUGAAGGCGGUUUGGCUGAGUCUACUGGCUUAUUAGCAGUUAAUGAUGAAGUGCUUGAGGUAAACGGUAUUGAGGUACAAGGUAAAACUUUAGACCAAGUAACAGAUAUGAUGGUGGCAAAUGCUCAAAAUUUGAUAAUUACUGUGAAACCAGCAAACCAACGGAAUACUCUCCAACGUGGCAUACAUUCACGUAUCUCUGAUUGGAGUGGAACUUCUGAAGAUACAUUAAUGGUUCAGAAGCGAAAUAGUAAUAAUGAUAUGCACGGCACGAUUGGUGGAUUAUCGAAGGUACAACGAAAUAACAAUGAGCUGAGUGAUGAUGAUUCAGAUGAAGAUAUUGUUGUUGAUCAUACAAAAGAAAACACUGGCAACGCAGCAUCAGAAGGCUGUCAUCAUAAUAGGUACCAAGAAAAUCGAUAG